AUGCUAGGACGUUGGCCGAAGAAUGCCGAUCCAGGCCACUCAAAACCUCUCUCGCCUGUUAAGUGGCCAGUGACAGAUUUACUGUUCGCUAUGAGAGUAUCGCUCCCGCUGUUGGCAGCAUUAUGGGCGACUUGUUCUGCCACCAGUCAACAAUGCACCAAGGAGACGGCAAAUGUCAGAAAGGAAUGGGCGGCAUUGACCCCGACAGAGCGCCUCGACUACAUCGAUGCCCUUCACUGUCUAGCCGACAAGCUGCCAAUCUACGACACGGGAACCUACCCGGGGGUACGCAACCGUUGGGAUGAUUUCGUAGCAACCCAUAUAAACUACACGCUCAACAUCCACUUCAACGGCCUCCUCCUCCCCUGGCACCGCAACUUCAUCCACAUCUGGGAAACCGCAUUGCGUGAGGAGUGCGGAUACAAGGGAUACCAGCCAUACUGGGACUGGCCCUCCAACUCCCUCGACCUCGCGGGCAGCCCGCACUUCGACGGCUCCCCGACCUCCCUCUCCGGCGACGGCGCGUACGAUGAGUCCGCCGAGCGCGACCCCACCCUGCCCAAGGGCACAGGCGGCGGCUGCGUCCUCUCAGGCCCCUUCCAAAACCACACCGUAAACAUGGGCCCCUUCUACGACGCCCCCGCCAACAGAUUCCCAGAUAACGCCUUUGCGUACAACCCGCACUGCCUCCGCCGCGACCUCAACACCCGCGUCUCGGCCUACUGCAACAGCCCCGACGUCACCGCCGCGCUGCUCGCUGCGCCAAACAUCACAACCUUCCAGACCAUCAUCGACAAGGGGCUGAUGGGCGUGCACUUGAAUGGCCCGCAUGGAUGCGCGCAUGCGAGCGUGGGAUCUGUUAUGGGGGAUCUGUGGGCUGCGGUCGCGGACCCGGCGUUCUUUCUGCACCAUACGAAUUUGGAUCGGAUGUGGGCCAUCUGGCAGGAGAUGGAUGAGACGACGCGCCGGGUGGCGUUGAAUGGGAGCUCAGGUAUUUAUAAUGAUCCCGAUAUGCCCGAGGUAACGCUGGAUACUCCCAUGUUAUUUGGGGAGUUGGAUGGGGUGCGGUAUGUUCGCGAGAUGAUGGAUCCGAUGGGUGGCGGGCUGUGUUAUCGGUAUGAGUAG